AUGGCCGCCCUACCCUGGCUCGCCGCCGCGGCCGUCGGCCUCGCCUCGGGCGGCGCGGCGGACAGGCUGAUCCGCGGGGGCGCCCCUGCCCUGGCGGUGCGGCGCGCCUUCCAGUGCGCCUCCUUCCUGGGCUGCGCCACGUCCGCGCUGCCGCUGGCGCUGGCGGGUGCGCCGUCGCUGCCGCUCGCGGUGGGGUGCCUGUGUGCCAACCUGGCAUUCUACUCCGUCAGGUGA